CUGGCGCUGGCACCAGCUGAGGAGCUGGCGGUGGAGGCGGCGGCGGCCGAGGUGGCCGGGAGCGAGCUGUGCUGCAGGUGUUGGGCCGGGAAGAAGGGGAGCCACAGCAGCCCCCGGCCCUGCACUGAAGGCACUUCUGCUGCUAUCCACCCUUCCCCACUUUCUGGAGAUGGCGGGUGAAAUCACCGACACUGGAGAGCUCUAUUCUCCCUAUGUUGGGCUGGUGUACAUGUUUAACCUCAUCGUGGGCACUGGCGCGCUCACCAUGCCCAAAGCCUUCGCCACUGCUGGGUGGCUUGUGAGCCUCAUCCUGCUGGUGUUCCUGGGCUUCAUGAGCUUUGUAACGACCACCUUUGUGAUGGAGGCUAUGGCCGCAGCCAACGCACAGCUCCGCUGGAAGAGGAUGGAAACCCACAAGGAGGAAGAUGACGAGGACUCCUCCACGGCCUCGGACAGUGAUGUCCUUAGCCAGGACAACUACGAGCGGGCAGAGAAACGGCCCAUCCUGUCUGUGCAGAGACGUGCAUCUCCCAACCUUUUUGAAAUCACAGACCGUGUGGAGAUGGGACAGAUGGCCUCUAUGUUCUUCAAUAAAGUGGGGGUCAACUUAUUCUAUUUCUGCAUCAUCAUUUACCUGUACGGGGACCUGGCCAUCUAUGCCGCAGCUGUGCCCUUCUCCCUCAUGCAGGUGACGUGCAGUGCUGCUGGAAAUGACUCGUGUGACGUGGAGAAAGACACUAAAUCCAACGACACUGAUCUGUGCUGGGGGCCCCUGCGCAGAAUAGACGCCUACCGCAUCUACCUGGCUGUCUUCACACUCUUCCUUGGACCUUUCACCUUCUUCGACGUCCAGAAGACCAAGUACCUGCAGAUCCUGACCUCCCUGAUGAGAUGGAUUGCCUUUGCCAUCAUGAUCGUUCUGGCCCUGGUCCGCAUCGGGAAGGGGCAAGGAGAGGGGCACCCGCCCCUGGCCGACCUCUCCGGGGUGCGGAACCUCUUCGGGGUGUGCGUCUACUCCUUCAUGUGCCAGCACUCCCUGCCAUCCCUCGUCACGCCCGUCUCCUCCAAACGCCACCUCACGCGCCUCGUGUUCCUGGACUACGUGCUGAUCCUGGCCUUCUACGGGCUCCUCUCCUUCACGGCCAUCUUCUGCUUCCGUGGCGACAGCUUCCAGGACAUGUACACCCUCAACUUCGCCCGCUGCGACGUGGUGAGGCUGGCCGCCGUCCGCUUCUUCCUGGGCCUCUUUCCCGUCUUCACCAUCAGCACCAACUUCCCCAUCAUCGCCGUGACCCUGCGCAACAACUGGAAGACGCUCUUCCACCGGGAGGGCGGCGCCUACCCGUGGGUGGUGGACCGCGUGGUGUUCCCCACCAUCACCCUGGCGCCCCCCGUGCUGGUGGCCUUCUGCACCCACGACCUGGAGUCCCUGGUGGGCAUCACCGGAGCCUACGCGGGCACCGGCAUCCAGUACGUGAUCCCCGCCUUCCUGGUGUACCACUGCCGCAAGGACACCCAGCUGGCCUUCGGCUACGGGACGGUCAACAGGCACUGGUCCCCGUUCCGCCACACCUUCUGGGUGGGCUUCGUGCUGCUCUGGGCCUUCUCCUGCUUCUUCUUUGUCACGGCCAACAUUGUCCUCAGUGAGACGAAGCUCUGAGGGCAGCGGGGCUGGGACCUCAGCCCUGGCCUCCCCACCACCGAGCAAGAUGCUCAUUCCACGAUGGCCCCCUGCCCACCCAGGACGCUCCCGGUCUGUGUCCUCGGUCUCGCCCAGCGGGGCAGCACGUGGCUGCUCCUAGGUUGCAGGAUGCACCCCCCCCCGCCCCACUCCACCCCACCAUUCGAGGCAGGCUCCUCUGUGGUGGAGACGCAGUGCUGGCACUGCUGCUAUUUAUGCCAGCCUCGGUGUUCCCUCCCUGCUCCCUCUUGCGUCCUUGUCUGUCCUCGAGUAGCCGCUGCCUCUCAAAGCCCAGGCCCUGGCCAUCCUAACGUGGCCUGCCGGGAAGCGCCAGGGCCCAGCUGCUGCCAGGCCCGACAGUGGCUAAAUGCUGCUCCUGGGGGAGGGCCUGGCGCACCCCGGGCACAAGAACAGGAAGUGCUAAUUGGCCUCAGAAUUUCUAGACUAGAGCUGUGAGGGCCCUUGCUGUGGGUGCCAACCCGGGGACAGCAGCCAUGGACUGUGCCUUCCGCGGGGCACCCCGCAGCCCGUAAGCUGGCUUAACGCCCUUGGCUUGUGACCCCCCCGAGUGGAACUCCCUGCUCCCUGGCCACCCCACAAUGGGGAGUCCUUGGGGCCUCCCACAGUAAGGAGCUGCCCCCCCCGUGGCAUAGUGCCCUGGGCACCUGUAGAAGAUCAGCCCAGAUUGCCUCAACGCUGCACCCCAACACUAAAGGGGCACCCCCACGGACUUGACUGUGGGUGCUCACUGUCCACACUGCCUCGGGCUGCUGUGAGAUAGGAGAAGGCCAGUCCCCCCUUCCCUCCCCCCCCGCCCCUCCCCCACCGUCCCCCUCCCAAUCAUGCAUGCACCUGCCUCCCCAGCACAGGUGACAACAAACUCCACAUUUGCCAUGUGCCUUCUGUUUCGGCCCUGGGGGUGGGGAGCCGCCUCUGGGGAGUUUGGGGGCCCUCCGGUGCCCGUUCCUCCUCUCGAUUUCAGUGCCUUGUUCCCCACUCCUGAGGAAAGCCACCUUCCCCCUCCCACUUCUCGUCUCACCUCACAUUUAAAGCCGGGGCAGUGCCACAAGGCUGGGUGCCCUCCCCCCCCCACCUUGGGAAUCAGGGGAGCUGCAAAGACCAGAAUCCGCAGGCAGCGCCCCCACCUCCCACCUCUGCCUUCAACAUCCACACCUCGAAGAGACCCCGGGGCGCGAUCGGCCGCAGCCUGCCUCACCGUGUCACCUUUGCAGUCCCCACCACUGUCCCCCCAUAAGGUCAUUUCCCACCCAUGUGAAAAACACACGCACCCGCCAUUACCCCAUCU